UACACAAGCGAUUGAAUCAGUCCUAUAGGAGUUCCUUGAGGUGGAACAUCUGAGCUUAGUUUGCAACUCAAUURUCGCUCUGCCAAAGAACUAUAAUCAAAAUGGUGGAAAUGAACACUGGAUACGCAAAGUCUAUUCCUGGCAUUCUAAAGAUCGUAGAAUUUUGUUUACUUCUUUUGUCCUUCUCUUGUAUCUCCGAUUGCUGCUACGGUGGCUAUGGCUACGGGACUUGGCGUAGUCGUAUAUCGUUCUUUUUGGCCGUGGCUGUGAUUGGUUGGCUCAUCGUCGGUGCAAUAUUCGUGUUCUUCUUUUUUAAACUCACCGAAAAAGUUCCACAAGUCAACUUCAACCUUGUUGUGUUCAUCACCAGCAUAGUCUUCGCUGUACUGCUACUCAUCAGUGCAUCUUUGGUGGCUAAAAUCGCGGAUGAUUUAAAUUACGGCGGUAAAUUCCGCUGGGCUGGGUGGGAUACCAUGGUUGCAGGCAUUGCAUUUGGAUUUUUCGCUAUGGUUGCCUUCAUCGUAGAUGUUGUGAUGCACAUUGGUGCCAUCAAAGGUGGUGGCGGCGGUGGUGGKGGCGACUCAGCACCUAAAGCUUAAACAUACAAAUCUUAACACCAUUUUUAGUUUAGAGCGUUGAACUUUUCCGUGUCGAACGGGGUGCUGUAAUGACUUMGUGGAAUYCGAAAGCCACUGUUUUUAGUUAAAAUUUUGGCCUGAAAUCCCUCGUUUAAAAAUACUUUCAUCUUAWAAUKAAACUAAAUUUCCAUUCCGACUUUCUAUUGUUUUGUUGGUGCUUUUUUCAAUUAUUGAGUACCGACAUGUUCGACACGAAAAAGRUCCAUAACCUUAUUAAGAAUGCAUCACAUAUAGGAAAACGUAAUGUUAGAAUCGUACACCUGAUUGAUAAAKCUGCUAAAAGUGUUGUAAUUAAAUAGGAAUUAUGUAACUAACAAAUAGACAUUUUUGAAUGAUAGWAAUAUUUUCAAUUUUAGGAAUUAUUUUAAACUGAGGCAAAAGGAAGAAGUUACUUUCGUUUAGCCUGCUUGCGGUCGAACCAAAACUGUAACAAUGUCGAUGAAGUAGCCUGCGUGCAGCCGAACCGUCGACAUUUUAACAAUUUUGGUUCGACUGCAAGCAGGCUACUUUCGAUAGCCUUUUCAAGAUUUCCUAUUGUUUUUGUUUUUGUUGUUGUUGUUGUUGUUUUCUGUUGUUGUUUUAUUUUUAAUAUUUUUCUUAGUCUUUUUUAGUUCAUAUUGUCUAAUAUACUAAUAYGCCGACGCUGCAAAAUGACGUUUUCCCGCGCUUUUUCGCGGUUCUGGUUGACGCGCUUACCAUUUUUUUUCCCCGCUCUUUUUCCCCUCUUCUGCUUGACGCGCUUCUCGCCCUUAUUAGUCGAAAAAGUUUAGUCAGUAGAGAAAAUUUCACAAAUUUUACUAUGAUUUUUAUCAUUAGAUGAUUUACCCAUGUAUAUUUAYAUGAAUUACUAAAAUAAAAUGUUCAGGUCAGCUUGUUAGCGUCCACAAUCAGCGAAAUGAAACACGUACUUGGAUUACUACAACGCUUUUUACAUUGCGUCGUGGCGACUCUUAUGCACUUCGCUUUUUCAACUUUCGCUUUUUAUACAUCAGCCCUAUAGUUAGAAAUUUCAAUGUUAUAAAACUUGGAUAGCCUUUUGGGUUGCAUGUUUUCAAAGUUAAAUGAAUCUACAGCAAACUACAGAUAAAAUUGUGAAAAGUUGUUUCUUUCAGGGUCUAUAUUCACGCAUAUGGUAUUCCCAUGUAGUCUUUAAUAUAUAGAGGASAUUUCCUGACCUAGUGUUUAGACGCCUAUUUAAUAUACAGUAUUAAUCAAUAAAUAAAAAGUUAGUACCAAACAA